AGAAUGGCAGCAGCAGGUGUGCUAACUGGAUUGGCUAAGCUAAAACGGCAAGACUCCGCCCGCUCUCAUAACCGGAACUUACAUGCAACGCCAGGCCAAGGAAAUGCCCCAGAAGCUGCCCCCAGAAAGCGGAAACGACGCACUGAUGUUGUCAUAGUACGCGGCAGGCUACGCCUCUACUCUGCCUCCGGAUUUUUCCUCAUUCUUGGACUGGUCGUAUUAUCUGUAGGGAUCGCCAUGGCGACGCUGGGUUACUGGCCGCACCAUAGAAACAUUCCCUCGGAAAGGUCGGCAACUGGAAGAGGAGCUAAAACGUCUGCAACAGGGGAAGGAAAUGCAGCCAAGAUCGCCUUCACAGAUGAGGACGUGGCUAAUUCCAGCAAGGGUCAAAUUGUUCCAGAUACGCCCACUAAGCAGAUCGCAGGUGCUCUGGCACGGUUCCUGGAACAGCACCGUCACUCUGAGCGGAUGAAGAUGUUCGGGCCAUUCACAAUGGGCAUUGGGAUUUUCAUCUUCAUCUGUGCUAAUGCCAUUCUUCAUGAAAACAGAGACAGAGAAACUAAGAUAAUCCACAUGAGAGACAUGUACUCCACCGUCAUUGACAUCCAUCGCCUCAGGCAGAAAGAGCAGAAGCAACACCAUCACAGCAACAGCGCCUUUGGAAGGGAAGUUGGGGAUCUUCGAACGUUUGGAGCUGAUAACGCAGGACGACUGGGCAGUAACUCCCUCCUGGCGUUCUCCAAUCGGUCCGGCGGGUCGGCCGAAGAGGAGGAGGUGCUGCUAGGGGACGAGGAGUCUCACCGACACGGGGGGCAGGCUAAGCUGGAUUGUAGCUUUGCGGGGCUUUUGGCACCGCUCUACAAGGAUCGCUCUUACCGCGGCCCGGGGCUCGGGAGGGCUCACUCGGAUGCGGUACGCCACCAGUGGUCCGUGGAUGGAGAUGGGGAGAAAGGAGGACACCAUGCACGCUCCAUUGUCUCCUCCUCUCUCUCUGCAUUUAAUCUCCCGGUUAUAAAACUCAACAACUGUGUAAUUGACGAACCGGAGAUGGAGGCGAUCACUGAGGAAGAGAGAGGAAGAGAGCGGAGGGACGGAGUGAGGUCGAAGCCCCUGAGCUCCAUGGAGUCUUUGGUGGUUCCUGUACCAUCUGUUGCUAAGGCCUCCAAACCGCCGGGCUUACACCGGAGUAACUCGGCCUCCUCUUCCUCCCACUGUUCCUCCGUCUCCUCUUGCUCCCUCUCCCCCGCCCCCUCCUCUACCUCAGGCUGCUGGCUCUCCCCGGGAGCAGCAAAGAGCGACUUUGGCUCCAACUCCUCCUUGCACAUGCUCGGCAGCCACUCCAAAUCUCUGGACCUGGAGCGCGGGCCGAGCAUGCUCAGCGUUCACCCGGAGCAGCGGAAACACCCCAGCUGGCCCCGCCUCGACCGUAGCAACAGCUGCCGUAGCAACGGGGGCAACCGCCUAAGCAGUAAAGGCUACACACGGCUGGAGGACAGGGAGGACCAAGGCGAGCGGCUGUUAGAUGCGGCUGUGAGGCGCGACUACAGCAAGCGGGACAAGCUGCUAAUGAUAUCCAGGUCGCAUAAUAAUCUGAGUUUUGAGCGUGACGACUUUAACAGCAGCUCGCUGAAGAGGGGCAGCUCCGAGACUCGGUUCUGAAGAGGCUGAACUGAAGGUUGCCGGUCUUGUUCUGUAAACGGCUCUCCAGACUGUUUGAGAGUACAGUGCGCUUGUGUCAGGGGGAAACUGAUGAGUUCAACAGCUGUACCCGGGAAAGGAUAAGCUCAAAUGUGGUUUAAAGGACACUUUUUGGAAAGCAAGGGGUGAUGGACCAUCUUGAAAAAUCAAAGGUUCAGGGCUCGGCUGAAUGCCUGCUGUGCCAGGUCUAGAGGUGCUGUUCUGUAUCUGACCCUGACCUGUGACUUCCCUGGAAAGAGAUGCUCCCUACAGGGAUCAUUACAAUGAUUUACAUAACAUUACAAUUCUACUUUAUAAAAGUGCAGUUCUAAAAUUUAAUUCAACAGGUUCUCAACCCUGAGACUUCCCUGCUGUUUCAUUAUAACAGGUUUUGGAAAAUGCUUUUCGUUAAGUGUUACAAGUUUUCAUUCAAGGACAUGCUGAAAGCGCUUCGAGCUGGUUUCUUUCCCAGCAGGUGGCUGUGAUGCAAAGAUGAAUCUUUUAUAACAAAGAUCUAGGCACAAACUGCAAAAUUCGCAGGAGCAGUUUAUUAUCAGAAAGGAUAGAAUCAGAGACAUAAAAGUUGUUUUAAUGAUCUUUGCUUGUAGGAAACCUUUGAAAACAAAACUACAAAGAGCGUCAUUUGGUUGUAUAGACUGAUGGCAUAUUCAAAUGAUAGUAAUUGUGUUAACAUUACAAAGACCAUGAUUGACUGCAGUGACAAUGUCCAAAACACAUAGAUAUAGUGGUGAAGUAUUUGUUUUAAAGGUGUUUAUUGUUUGUUUGCUAGAGAUCCACAUAGGUCGGACAAAACCAGUUGCUAAAACGUCAAUAUUGUUCUGCAGUCACAAUGUUGCUGCCCUAUCCCCGUGAACUUCAGCAAAGUGUAAUGUCCGCUACUGAAAACUACAAGUAACAAUCUUUAUCUUUGGCUGUGCUACAGGCAUAUUGAGUUUUUUUCAUCUAUUGACUUCACUCAGGAUAUGCGUUGUAUUAUCCAUGUGUUGUUCAUUUCCGUAGACCUAUCCACAAACCUAUUCAGUAUUAGAGGAAGUCCUAAUAUGUGAAUACUAAUAAACUAGAAGACAGCCAAAAUGAUGAUAAAUCAGGGCUGUAACUAAUGUUUAUUUUCAAUGAUAUUCUAUGAAAUGAUGACAAAGAAUAAUCAUAUCUUAGGAAUUCCAGUUUGAUAAAUGACUUAGCCUAAUGAAGAGAAUAGCGAUUGGCUCUUUACUUUUGGAAAAAACUAUAUUUUAGACAGAUAUCAGUUUAAAAGAGUGUAUCAGACUGCCAUUGUAUUCCAGCAAUCAGUAAAUCAAUGCAUUUAUCUUGUGCUAUCUGUAAAUCCGUCAAGCUUUAAAAUUAAAGUCCAACCGAGCUUAAGUAACAUUUUCUUGUCUGUUACAGAAUACAUAUCCGCUCUUUAUCAACAACCCACAUCUAGCUUAGUUUCGUAGCUUCCCUAAAAAACAUUUAAACGCACAUCUUGUCCUUGCUGAAAGGGCAGCCGGACAAAAAUUCACUGCUAAUAAGUUUGCAGGCAAGAAAGCCUAUUAGCUUCUCUGCUUUGGUUGGAAUUUAAAAUGUGAGCCAUACUGUUUUCUGCUACAGCCCCACGUGUUGCUUUUAUAUUUAUUUAUUUUCUCUGGGAUGAUAUUAACCAUGUGCUAAUGAUUGCAGUUUGGAAUUCAGGAAUUCAGCUACUGAGCAACAUAGUAAUAAUGUCUCAGCAUAUUUUGUUAUCAACAUGUGUGUCGUCCAGAACUGAAUAUCUGAAGACAUUGCUGUUUCUAUUUUCAGUAUGUGAGCUUUUAUGAUGCCUAAUACAUUUGACCAGAUUAGUCCAUGUACUUCAAACACUCUCUGUGCUACCUUAAAUGCAACACAUUUUGAAUGAUGAAACAUCGACAUUGAUGGAGCCCUUUGGUGUGAAGGAAUUUUACCAGAGUAUUUCAUAUACUGGUUCCAAAGCA